CUAUGCUGCUAUACUUUUUAUUGUCUUCAUUCUUCGUACUCACCCCAGCGUCUCCCACGCCAAGAUGCUGUAUGUACGACCAGUGGGAGGGCGUGUUGUUCUUUGGGUUCGGAUCGGCUGGCAAUGACUUGUUGUUUAGUAAUGGAACUGCCCGAGUAUCUUACGACCUGGUCAACGCCAAGACGUUUGUCAGCUUUGAGAUUUACCAAAGGUCAGCAUCGUCGCCGGUUUCUCGAACAAGUGCUGUCUUCAUUUCUCACUUCAAAACGGGUGUCAAGUAUACGAUAUCCACCAAGAAUCGGACAUGUGAGAAAGGUUCACUUUCAACAACAAACAUGACAACGUAUUGUGCAUCAGAAUUUCACGACAGCGGAGGUCAUCCGCGAGGACGUAUCGGGGGAUCGAUGGCGGUGACGAAUGUAGACAUUCUCGAGGAAACAAUCUACUCUACAAUAUACCAAGACGCUUCCAACUGUAUGCCGUUAUUUGCAUGGGGCCUACUGAGGGCUCCAGGGCUGGGAAUAGCGGCCGGUGCUGAUUUCCUGGACCUAGAAGAAGGGAUCAGAGACCCUUCUGUAUUUACGCCUCCAUCUUACUGCCCAGAACAAAUGUCAGGGAAAGAGGAUGAUUCGUGGUUCUUAGGACUCUCAAGUCUGUUUAAUAAAAAAACAGCUUUAAGUUCUCAAUCGUCGUCCCCAUUUUUUUAAUUUGAUUUUUCGUUUAAUCUUGUGUUGUGAACUGAAACAUUUAUUGUUAUGCGACACGCCAUCUAGUCAUGGUACGAACUUUUAUCACAUUUCAGCAGAUCAUGUUGAAGGGUCAGAAAUUAAUGUUGUGAAACGAAGCAAACAGACGAAUGAAUGAACAAAAUAACCAUAACAUCGUAUUCCUCCUAUAUCUUGUAUGGCUUUAAGUUGAUAAAACUAUAACAUUAGAUUGUCAACAUUGCAGUGAUACCCGUAUCCGUCAUCCUGGACCAUCAUCUAGCUAGAUAUUUAUGCAAACCAUUGCCUGCAAAACCGUUGGUACCUACUUUAGUGCAGCACUUCUCAAGAUCAAGUAGCAUUCUAUAUGAUAAGUCAAGCAUGUUCUGUCGGUGAAAAUGUUAUUAAUCUAUAUAAAAUCCUAUUUCGUAAAAACAAGAAGUAAUGAAACUGCGUGAGGUUUAGUGACCUUCCAGUAAAGAAAUGUUACCAGAGUGUCACCUGUAUUAGAACAAACCAUUGUUUUAA